GACUCUGUAUGAUAAUAAUUCCACCGAUUAUGGAGAGAGAUAUACUAUAGUAGGUAUCCACCAUAAUCUCCUGAAUUAGGUCGCCGGAAAUUUAAAAAAUCCGGUGAUCGUACCUGGGUGUCUUGUUAUGUUCCAUGGCUAAAGGUCGGAAACUGACUACCAGUCGGAGUGAGCUCUUGUUGGGGAACUACGGGUAUGGGGGGAACACCAUUCAAACAGGCGGAGAUGACAGCGAGGAGCUUCGAGAAGAUGAUGUCUGGUCCAUGGUUGAUGGUAUGGUUAACCGCAGCGAUCAUGACUGGAACUCACGCGCCACCAUGGAGAGUAACACAAGGAGCCGUCACCGCAACCCUGUCCCAAGAGGUGAUAGCUCUGUCGGAGGUUUAUCAUCGGCGUUUGAGGAUGCAACAGGGAAGGUGAUGUCAUCGCCCAGAAUUGUUCACCAGUUUCCCAACGGAGACAGCUUCCCAUCUCCACGUGGACGCCAUGUGGCCACCUCAGCACCUGUGAAUGUGCCUGACUGGUCAAAGAUCUACCGAGUCGACUCGGUUGAGUCGAUGCAUGACUCGGAUGAUAUAACCGAUGAUCCAGAUUCAGAUAUGGUCCCACCUCACGAGUAUCUAGCACGAGCUUAUGAACGUAGCCAUAACUCGGCUGCUAAUUCUGUUUUUGUGGGUGUCGGCCGAACUCUAAAGGGCAGAGACCUGAGCCGAGUUCGGGAUGCAGUUUGGAGCCGGACUGGAUUUAACGGUUAGGCACGAAAAAAUGGAAUGCAUAUCAAAAUAUUGUCUUGAUCAUGUUAUUUGGAUUCUUAAAUCAAGUUAGUUGUCCAAAUUAGUAAAAGAUCCAAUUUUAUUUAGGACAUGUGUGAUUUUAUUGGUUUUAUUUUUCUUGGGCAAUGACACCAGUCAUGUUGAACUCAAACUCAGUGAGUCAACUCAGUAGGGAUCGAGCCUAAGCAUGAAUCCCAUUAGGACACUGCUUGAUGUAUCUAUAUCAUUUUGUUUAUUUCUUUUGAUUAUUUUGGUUAAUUAAAUUCCAAAAGAUUAUUCA